AUGCAUCGUUCCUCAACAUACGACGCUCGCUCGGGCUCACGGUCCUCCAGUCACAGCAACAGCAGCGCCUUUAGUCCCAACGCAAACCCCAACGAGGACUGGACCAAGAUCUCCGAUCUGGCCGAGCGCCGCCGCAUCCAGAACCGCAUUGCGCAACGCAACUAUCGCAAAAAGCUGAAGCGACGCUUGGAAGAUCUAGAGCGCCGCGCCGCAUCCUCCGCCUCACCAGAAGCCGAGCCCGCUGAGCCCGUGGCCCCUCCCAAAGCCACGCCCAACAAGCCUCGCACCAAGCAGCCCCGAUCCAGCAAACCCGACCCCAAACCACACACAGCCCACUCCCAACUGUCAGAGCGCUCGAGCUCGUACGAGUAUUACACGCAAGACGAGCGCUCCAUGUUCGCCCAGCAAUGCACCCGCCAGCUGUCCGCCUCCCCACCCCCCGUCUUCUCCUACCCUCCGCUGCCAAACUACGACACCUACCGGCCCACAUACACCCAGAUGCCGGUGUACCACACCGUGCCCAGCUCCUACAGCGAAGUCUCCUUCGUCGACUACGAGCCAGUGCCCAGCGUGCUGCCGAUGGUGGCGCCGGGGAUGGGCCGCAAACCGUAUGACGAGGACAUGAUGAGCCCGUUUAGCAUGAGCUAUGCGACGAUGGCGGGCAUCGAGCUGGUGCCGCAGCAGGCGCACGAGCCCGGCCUCCCGAUGCCCGCGCUCUCCUACGGCUAUGCGCACGCUCACUCGCCCUCACAUCCGCACGACCACGACCGCGCGGCGUCGACCUCCUCGCCCGAAGCCUCUAUCUUCACCUUCCCCCUCACUCCGGAGUCGCCCCCGUGCUCGCCGCGCUCGAUGGCGGGCUUGUACGAGUAUGAUCUGCGGCCGUGA